AGUGGACAAAGAGACUCCGAAAAUGAUGUCCGUAAUUUUGAUCCUGUGUCAAAUGACGCUGGCGAUGAGUAUGAAAGGGAAAGACUUGUCAUCUCAUGACAACACAUCGCUACCGAUAAAUAAGACAAACAACACCAAGAACGACGUUUGCCUUUUACCCAAAAUGGUUGGUCCUGGCCGUGCAAGUUUGCCUCGAUUUUAUUUCGAUGCAACGUCAGGAAAAUGCAAAAAGUUUAAUUUUGGAGGCAUAAAGGGCAAUGCAAACAACUUCUUCUCCAAAAAAGAAUGUAAGGAAAGGUGUGCUGAUCAAGUGCAAAAUACAACCAGUCAACCACCAACUACUAGUCAACCAACCACCCAAAAACCUAUACAGAGGGAUAUUUGCUUUUUACCCAAAAAAAUUGGUAAGGGACGUGCAAGUUUGCCUCGAUUUUAUUUCAGUUUGGCAACAGGUCAAUGCGAAAAUUUUACUUUUGGAGGCGGAAAGGGUAAUGCAAACAACUUCUUAACCAAGAAAGAGUGCGAGGAGAAGUGUGUUGUUCGAGUGCAAAAUACAACCAGUCAACCACCAACGACCAGUCAACCAACCAACCAAAACUCUACACAGAGCGAAAUUUGCUUUUUACCCAAAAUGGUUGGUCCGGGCCUUGCAAGUUUGCCUCGGUUUUAUUUCAAUGCUGGCAUGGGCAAAUGCGAAAAGUUUGAUUUUGGAGGCGGAAAGGGUAAUGCAAACAACUUCUUAACCAAGAAAGAGUGCGAGGAGAAGUGCGCUGAUCAAGUGCAAAAUUCAACAAGUCAACCACCAACGACCAGUGAACCGACCACCCAAAUGCCUAAUCCAGCAGUAACAACAACUCAACCAGCAACGACAAAAGAAGAAACCGAUAACAUUUGAAAAUCUGGAGGGAUUUGAAGGAAGCCUGCCAAUCCAUAGAAUAUAUCAUAGGUAUCGCACAUCAUGGUUUAUUAAUAGUAAUAGUAUAAUCUAUUUCA